CCCCCGGAGGGAGGCUGCGUCUCAUCCAGUCCAGAGAAUGCCGGGCCUCCCUGCUGGAUGGUGGUUAUUUUUGUCUGAAGCUCGGUCAGGACCCUGGAGAGUUGCCAGGGUCAGAGUGGGAACUGCCCGGUUCCCAUGGCUCCUUGGCUCCACGCUCAGCCUCACACGCUGCCUCCCUGCCCCUCCGUGCCGUGCCCCUGCCGAUGCCUCUGCUGGAUGUUGUCUUGCAAACCUAGCCAACUCAACUGAUGAGAGCGGGUUGCGGCUCGUGUGGGGGAAGACCGAAGGAGCCUUGAUGGAAGGACACGGCCCCUUGGGGUCCCAGGCGGGUCAGCACCCUGGCGGGGUUCUGCAGCCCCUUCUUCCAGCUCCUCGCCCGCGGUCAGCGCUGCCCCGCAGGUGGGGACUGUGGUUUUCCUCGUCUCUCGCCCCAGCCCGAGUGGGAGCUCCCCGGGGCAAGGCGUAGUGUCUAUAGCACAAACUAGAUGCCCAGGAAAGCUCCCGUGACUGACGGACUCUCCCUUGGAGGUGAAGCAGAGAGCUUCCGCGCCCCAGCGCUGCCUAAGAGCCCAGCCUGCUUGGUCCCCCUGGUCCUCGCUCCCUGCGUGGCGCCAUGAGCUGUGUCCUGAACAGAGUCGUCCCCUUGGGGCUGGUGCUGCUGGUCUGUGGAGCCCAAGGCUUUUUCCUGCCCAACGUCACCCACUUGGAGAAGCUGCUCAGCAAAUACCAGCAGGACAAGCCCCACUCCCGGGUCCGGAGGGCCAUCCCCAGGUUGGACAAGGAGGAGAUCCUCAUGCUUCACAACAAACUGAGGGGCCAGGUGUACCCCCCGGCCUCCAACAUGGAGUACAUGACCUGGGACGAGGAGCUGGAGCGGUCGUCGGCGGCGUGGGCUCACAAGUGCCUCUGGGAGCACGGGCCCACCAGUCUGCUGGUGUCCCUUGGGCAGAACCUGGCCGUCCACUGGGGCAGGUACCGCUCUCCUGGCUUCCAUGUCCAGUCCUGGUAUGACGAGGUGAAGGACUACACCUACCCCUACCCCCACGAGUGCAACCCCUGGUGUCCAGAGAGGUGCUCUGGGCCCAUGUGCACCCACUACACACAGAUAGUCUGGGCCACCACCAACAAGAUUGGCUGUGCUGUGAACACCUGCGAGAGGAUGAACGUUUGGGGAGAUGUUUGGGAGAAUGCGGUCUACCUCGUCUGCAAUUACUCUCCAAAGGGCAACUGGAUUGGAGAAGCCCCGUACAAAACCGGCCGGCCCUGCUCCGAGUGCCCGCCCAGCUAUGGAGGCGGCUGUAAGAACAACCUGUGUUACCGAGAGGAGACGUACAGCCCCAAACCCGAAACAGACGAGAUGAAUGAGGUGGAGGUGGCUCCCAUUCCCGAUGAGAAGCACGUCUGGGUCCAGCCGAGGGUGGUCAGACCCACAAAGCCCAAGAAAGCACCCGCAGUGACCUACAUGACCCAAGUUGUCCGAUGUGAUACCAAGAUGAAGGACAAGUGCAAAGGGUCCACAUGCAACAGGUACCAGUGCCCUGCAGGCUGCCUGGACAGCAAGGCAAAGGUCUUCGGAACUCUGUUCUAUGAAAGUUCGUCCAGCAUAUGCCGGGCCGCCAUUCACUACGGAAUCCUGGACGGCAAAGGUGGCCUGGUGGACGUCACCAGGAACGGGAAGGUCCCCUUCUUCGUCAGGUCUGAGAGGAAUGGCGUGGAGUCUUUGAGCAAAUACAAGCCUUCCAGCUCAUUCGUGGUAUCAAAAGUAAAAGUGCAGGACCUGGACUGCUACACCACUGUUGCUCAGCUCUGCCCGUUCGAGAAGGCGGGGACCCACUGCCCCAGAGUUCACUGUCCAGCACACUGCAGAGACGAGCCAUCCUACUGGGCUCCUGUGUUUGGAACUAACAUCUAUGCAGAUAGUUCAAGCAUCUGCAAGACGGCCGUGCAUGCGGGAGUCAUCCAGAACGAGAGCGGGGGUUAUGUGGACGUGAUGCCCGUGGAUAAGAAGAAGACCUACGUGGGCUCGCUCAGGAAUGGAGUCCAGUCUGAAAGGGAAUCCUUCAAUCAAGCGAGCAAACAAAGGCCUCCUGAAAAGAAUUCUCAGCACAUGGGCCAAAAGUCAGUCCGGCUGCAAAGUGGCUUUGGUUUAGCAGUGGUCUUUUUCUAGAAGAGGAUAUCCUGAGAGUUUUGCAAGACGAGUAUGCAGAACUGGAACACUGUGGGAGGACAGGAAUCUUCUUUCUCACACACAUGCCCACAAGGGAUAGCAGAGGAAAGGUGUCAAGAAGAGCUUUUGACAUUGGGACCAGGGUUUGCCGGAAUAUUCUCAUAAAGAAGCUGGACAUCUGGAUGAAUAUCAGUUCAGGAAUUUUUCCUAGACCAGGACCGUUUUUUAAGACCGAUUUCACAAGGAGAUUGGGAAAUAGACCAACGAAGACAGAUAGCAUUCUUGGUCACUUGGUUUUAACAAACGUAACACAGAGGUAGAAGGUAUGUAUGUAGGUGGACUUUCAUCCAGAAGAGGGCUAUUCAUGUCACGGUCGUGGGGCAGCUUCUGUGUGCCAGGCACUGACCUCCUGGGACACGUCCAGCACUCACUUAAUUAUGAGCCACACGGGAUUCUAAAUGUUCUAGUAGACACAGUAAAAAGUAAAAAGGGAAAAUUUAGAAUAUAUUUGAUUGAAUUCAGUGUAUCAAAAAUAUUACCAUUCUAAUGCGUAUUAAUAGAAAGUUAUUGAUAAGAAAUAUGCAUUUUUUUUUUUAAUAAAUAAGGUCUUGGGGAUCUAAUGUGUAUAGUGCACACACAGCACAUUUUCAGUUUGGGCGAGUCACAUCUCAAGUGCCCAGGAGCCACUGGGACUGGUUGGUUCCUCUGCUGGGCAGCCCAGCUCUGGGACUCUUAAGGGUUGGGUGUCUGAAAAUCUGUGUAUCCAGAAACUCGGAGAAGCAGAAACCAUUAAGCUGUUGUUUCCGGAUGGCAUGAGCUCUGCCCUCUCCCCCAAGCCAGCUGGACCACGGCUGGGUGUCAGGUUCCCUCUGCUGUGCAAAUGGGUGGGUUGCCCCUCCCGCACCCUCUAAGAUCUGUACACACAGUAGCUCAUCGAAUCCCCCCAACAGCCCCAUGAGGGAGGGACCCCAGUUAGCCCCACUUUAUCAGCAAGGAAAGGGAGGCACAGAGAGGUUAAGUGACUUGUUCAAGGUCACCCAGCCAGCAAGCCACAGAGCCAUGAUCGAAUCCAGACCGCCUACCCCAGCCCCCAUGCUCUUCCCCAGCACACGUGACUCCACCCCACAGAUAGGUCCCUGAGCCUGGGCCACAGGCCCUGCCCAGGAGGGGCCAGGGGAGCAUUCAGUACGAGGGUGCACUUGUUUCUAUCUUUAAACGUAUUUAUUAGAAGAGAAAUACAUUUAUUAGAAAAGAAAUACAUUAUUUAAAUAAUAAGUCUCAGGAGUAGAAAAUAAGAGUCCCCCACGGGUGCCCUGUUAACCUCUGUUAAUUGCUCAUUUAUAGCUUUCCAAGCCUUUUCCCCCCGGGGCACAUACAACAUGCUUAAAAAUCAAGACGGAGAUCAUGCUGCACAGUGUUCUGAAACGCUUUUCCCUAAAGGAUAUUUUUAUAUUUCAUGAGAUAAGGGGAAGAGGUUUGACGGGGUUUGGGGUUUGUGGGUGUAGCGCAUUCAUCUCCGUGCGUGGCCCCGCCGCAAGCCAGGCACACCAUCCUUUCCCUGAGGGGAGAUCAUGGUUUAAACCGCGUAGGAAGGACGAAACAGCUCGUGCUGAAUGCACGCACUGACCCCGGUGCUUGCCCUGCAUAAGCUCACGUCCUCUUCCCAGUCCCUAAGGAGUGGGACUUCCACGAACACUGUUUUACAGAUGUGAGAACGGACUCAGGGAAAUGGACUAAUAACCAAGGUCUUACAGAUAAGAUCUGAAGCCGUGUCUGUCUGACUCUUGAAUUCUCCUGGAAGUUCAGUAAACAGAUGAGACUCUGGGAGAACAGGGUUUGAAUCUUUGAAACAAAAUACCUACACAACACAUAAACAUCUAUACACACAUAUAUACGUAUCAAUACGUAUUAUGAACACGUAUAUGUAGAAACGAUAUAUAUUUAAGAUUUUAUUUAUUUCACAGAGACACAGCGAGAGAGGGAACACAAGCAGGGGGAGCGGGAGAGGGAGAAGCAGGCUUCCCGCCGAGCAGGGAGCCCGAUGCGGGGCUCGAUCCCAGGACCCUGGGAUCACGACCUGAGCCGAAGGCAGACGCUUAACGACUGAGCCACCCAGGCGCCCCUAGAAAUGAUAUUUCUUAAUUAAAAAGAAGUCGCACACUUAAAAAGCCAGGAGGGCAGUGAAGGGUUCCUUUCCUGCAAUCUUUUGGGCGCUGGGUUCUGUGACUCUGUGGAGCGAGCCGCCAGCUCGUGGGCAAGCCUGAGGUCCUUCCCAGGACGGGCCACCCCGCACUGGGAGCUCCAUGCUGUACUGUCAUUGCAGUCUGGGUGGUCUGGCGGCAAAGGGCCAUCAGUCCCUCCCUGAGUGACCUUCACCGGCAGCUCUGGGACACAGUCCAGUGUUCGCUGCUCCUUGCGGGCCUGCAACCUCCCCUCUCCCUCCGGGACCUGGGGUGGGCCGAUGUCGCCCUCAGAGACAGCGUGGCCACAGCCUGACUGCUCAGGAUCAUGGUUAGGGGCCUCGACGCACCUGGGUGCACAUCCCAGCUGCACCUGGAACAAGGUGUUCGAUUUGGGGCAAAUUGCAUCAUCUCUCAGAGCCUUGAUUCCCUUUCUGUAAGCAGCGAGAACCUUAGGGAUCUCAAGGGAUGGCCUCGAGGGGUGCACGGGGUGAGAUUACAUAAGGACCUAGGUGGCAUCCCGCGGGCAGUGAGGGGGGGCAGAGCUGCCGGCUCCCAGGGGUGCGUUCCCGCCGCAAACCACUCACCAGGGCUGAGUUGUGACCCCCUGAGGCUGCAGACACUGGACGUUUCCCAGAGCGCCCUUGUCACAGCUCAGCCCCAACAGAUGAGCGCUCUGCGUGCUUGGAGUCAGCUGGAGGGGCCCCCCUCGGGGCUUCCCGGCCAGUGCUGGUUCUCCCCAGCUCUGCGAGGGUCUUCUGUGUGGUCUCUCUCUUCCUCCCUUCUUUCCUUCUCUUCUUUUUAAAAUUUGGGAGACCUCAAUAAAUAAUUCUAAUUUUAAAGUAAUUUUAAGAAAUCAAUUUUAAGAGAUUAAAAUCUUAAUUUUAAGAAACUUCAAGAAGAUAAUUUCAAGAGAUUACGAUCACUGAAAAUCCCACACCCAGUGUCAACAUUCUGGUGUGUUUCCUCCCAGAUUUUUUUCUGUUCACAAACACCUUCUUGUUUUUGUUUUUACCCAAAAGGGACCAGACUCUGUGUAUUGUUAGGUUAACUGGUUUUCCCAGUCAGUAACCGCUUGAAUGUGCUCCCAGGCCACGACCCAUGUAGCCACCCAAUGUUUCAGUGGCUGCAUCUUCUUCCCUUGUGUGGGCAGACACACAUCUGUUGACAGACAUCCGGGCUGGGUUGUGUUUUGUUUUUUUUUUUUGCUUUGCUCUGAUAACACGGCAGAGAACAUCUUUGCACAAGCCCGUGUACUUUCCCAACAGUUUCUUAAGAUAACUUCCUUUUAGUAGAUUGGUCACAGCUCCAGAUGGUCUCUUUCCACGGGGAAGUACGGCUUGCUCCGGGUUAGAUCUGCCCCCAGCGGCUUCUUUGGCGGCAAGAAUGAAAGCCCCUUCCCUUACCACGCAAGGUCACAGUGGAUACAAUCCUUGCCUGUUCCGCCACUUUCUCAGUGCGUUGUCCCUCCUUGAGACCCUUCACUGGCUCGCCUCUCCAUUCCGGGGAUGCACUGAGACCAGGGCCUUUGCACCCAUUGUCACCUGACCCUGAAUCCCCCCCCCCCCAGCUGCUGGGGGGGGUCCCCUGGUCAUUCAGCCUGACACACAGAUGCUGCCUCCCUACACUGCUUUGGUUCCAUCACCCUGCAUCCCUCACCCCUGCCCUGCUUCGGUCCCAUGACUCUGGUCCCAUGACUCUGCAUCCCUCACCCCUGCCCUGCUCCGGUCCCAUGACUCUGGCCCCAUUAUUCUGCAUCCCUCAUCCCUGCCCUGCCUCACCUCAGUCCCCUUUCCCUGUGUGGUUUUACUUCCAGGACCCGUCACUCUCUGAGAUGAUCUCUUACCCAUAUUUAGCUGUUAUCUCCCACCCCCAGUCUAAGGUCCGUGAAAGCAAGAACCUCAUCAGUUCUGUUAACCCCAUGUCCCCAACACACAGCCCAGAGCCCGGCACAUAGUAUGUGCUCAGCUGCACACCGGUUGGAUGACAGACAGAUUGCUGAGUUCGGAAAUUUGUUCAGAACUCAUUGAAUGAUUUUUUUCAAAACUUUUUAUGAAAAUUAUUUAAACCCUUUAUUAAAAUGGUUCAGUGCCAUUCCAACGGA